AUGCCAGUGCUCAUGCAGUUUGACCGGCUGCCAUUCCGCUUCUUGAGCGAAGUCUGUGAAGCCCUAGAGCAAUUUUUCCAGGGACUUGUCUUCAUGCACGAACACAGAAUUGCUCAUAGAGACGCUUGUUGGCGUAACUUGAUGAUGGAUAUAUCGAAGGUGAUGCCGACGGGGUACCAUUUCUCGAAUUGGAUGACAGAGGAUGGCAGGAAGAAACCCCUUCAAUGGUUCCCCAGGAAGUCUGUAGCCCCAGUGAAGUACUACUACAUUGACUUCGGUCUUUCGUACCGCUUUCCCUCGGACGCAACCAGCUUCAACCUUAUGGGAGUUGUUGGUCAGGAUAAAACGGUUCCGGAGAAAUUCGCCAAGGCCCCUUACGAUGCCUUUAAAUUGGAUAUCUACCAACUUGGGAAUGUCAUAGCGGAGCUACUCGAGAACUACGAGGACCUUACCGUCUUCAAAGGGCUGAGCGAAUUGAUGAAGAACCGGGAUCCCAUGCAGCGGCCAUCAGCUUCGGAUGCGUACGAGACGCUUGUGGACAUCAUAACGGAUUUGACUGAGGAACAGCUCAAUCGACGAGUUUGGCUCAAGCAGUCUCCGGCGGACCUGCGCUAUCGUGUGGAAUUCCUCAACGAAAAUCCCGUGGAAUACUAUUGUUGA